AUGGCACAGCGUCAGCACUGCAUAACCGCUGACUGCACCGCAGGACUGCAGCCUUGCUGCGAAGCUGGAUAUAUAGCACGCCGCUGUAUUCAGGCCAUCCUCCCGCUGCACUGGGAGCCACACGUACGGGAUCACCGGCAGUCGAGUGCACAGUGGUUGGAAACAGAAGCCGCCCUCUCGCUCCCCUACUACCCUAUGGAGUCAGUUGCCGUCGUGGCUGUCCUGUUCCCGGCGCAGGGCCACCUGAACCAGCUGCUGCACCUGUCGCUGCAGCUCGCCGCGCGCGGGCUGCCCGUGCACUACGCGGCGCCAGCGGAGCACGUCCACCAGGCCCGCGCGCGCGUGCACGGCUGGGGCGACGACGACCUCCGCCGCAUCGACUUCCACGAGCUCGCCAUCUCCGAGUACGCCUCUCCGCCGCCCGACCCCGCCGCGGCCUCGCCCUACCCUUCCCACCUCAUGCCCCUGUGGGAGGCGUUCAUCGCCGACGCGCCCGCCGCGCUCGCGGCGCUCCUCCGCGGGCUCUCCGCGUCCCACCGUCGCGUCGUCGUCAUGUACGACGUCAUCAACGCCUUCGCCGCCGAGGACGCCGCCCGGCUGCCCAACGGCGAGGGGUUCGCGUUCCACUGCACCGCCGCGUCGUCCAUCGUCUGGCACAUGGACGGCGGGACCCAGCUCAUGCGCGACGUGCACGGCCUCGCCGACCUCCCCCGUCCACGCCUUCGUGACGGAGGAGUUCCUCGAGUUCAUCGGCAAGAGCGCGAGGUCCGCGCAAACGAUCCCGUCCAGCGCCGGCGUCGUCAUGAACACGUCCCGCGCGCUCGAGGGUGA